UAAUCCAUGAAUAUUUCUGCUUGUUAAACCUUAAUAAAUUCAAAAAGCAGCAAAUAUAAUGUGUCAAUUCUCUCGAAUCGAAAUUAUAUUAAAUAAAUAAACAUUUAUAAAUACAAUCAAAUUCCAGAAACCACACUGAUGAACACAGAGGGGAUUGUUUACCAUGCGGACCAACAUGGAGACUGUCAGUAAACACACAUGUUCAGAUCCAGCUGAAGAGAAUGAAGAUCCUGGUGCGGCUCCAUAUGGAAACUUUAUCAACUAUUACACCUUUAAUCCUCCAGAGAACCGACUCAGUCUGAUUCCAGCUACACUCCUGCAGGAGAUUGGGUUUAAUUCCAGCACAGAGACAGUACUGAUACUGGAUGUGGGCUGUAACUCCGGGGAUUUAUCGGUUGGACUGUUCAAGCAUUUUCUCCAAGAUCAGCCUGAAAAAGAGUCAUCGAAGACAGUCCACAUGCUUGGAUUUGACCUGGACGAGGACUUAAUCAAGCGCGCCCAAAACUCCAACCCAUUUCCAGAGAACAUUCAGUUUAUUGCACUGGAUAUCACGCAGGAAAAGAGCAACACGGAACUCAGUUCCUACCUAGAUACAUUUGGACGUCAUCGUUUCCACCUGUGUUCGUGUUUCGCUGUAACGAUGUGGGUUCACCUGAACCACGGUGACGCUGCGUUUCUAGCUCUGCUGUCUCGACUCUCCUCGGUGUGCGAGUACCUGUUACUGGAGGUGCAGCCCUGGAAGUGCUACCGCUCGGCCGCGCGAAGGUUACGCAAGCUAGGGCGCAGUGACUUCGACCACUUCAAGACUCUGGAGAUCCGCGGUGACAUGGCAGCUCACGCUAAAGAGCAUUUAGAAAAGCAGUGUGGCAUGGAGCUGGUGCGCAGUUUUGGGAGCACGUCUUGGGACCGGAGCCUUCUGCUGUUCAAGAAACAGUGAUGGGUAGUAUGGACUUCUAAUCUGAAUAAUCAUGUUUACAGUCUGGUGGGCAUUUAUUUAAACUUGUAUAUAGAGUUCUAUGCAAAACACAUCUGAUAAUGUCAUUACCUACAGGGAGCGAAUGCACCUGAAAUGCCAGGUUGUUUUAUUUUAGCCAUGUUGCUGGCAUUAGAAGAGAAGAUUUAACAAAAAUGUGUUGAUUUAAUUUAAAUCGUCUUCAAAUUCUGUCACAUAAGCUCCUGUUAGUCAUCUAGCUAACAUUAUCUGUGAGGAUGAACAUUUAUUGUACUGGAUGUAAGAGCUUCAAGCUUAAAUGGCUUUACUCCAAUACUGGAAGACAGGAAUACACCGUAGAUGAAGCACCAGCGCAACACAGGGCAUCACAAUUAUUCACUCGCCCACAUCCAGGGGUAGCUUGUGGUGAGGAUCAAACUUAAGUCCCCAGGACCCUGGUGUCAUCGACUAUGCCAGCCAAACCACUAUGUCACCCACCAUGCCAUAUAAACUCUUAACAUUUUCAUUCUUGAUGAUGAUAAUUGAACCAUGUUUGUUUAAAAAUAAAAAUAAAUAAAAAAGAAGUA